UGGCAACAUGGAUGGAGCGUCGAUGAUCCACCCAUCAGACCAAGUACAUUCAUUCUGAUGUAGAGGGGGACAGAGCGAGAUGACUCCUUCAGUACAAGAAUAUACCCAGGAGCGGAGCUGACUGUUCAGUGAAAACACACAGAGAACACUCACACGCCAGAGGCGUGCUGCCUAAAGCUCCACCAGAAAUUUUACGAACAAGCAACAUGAACGAGGGCAUCUCUCCCAACACUCCUCCUCACAGCCUGUGAGGAUGCCUCUCUCCUGACUCGCUCAUCAUGUGCUGGAUCGGCAGGGUUUGGGGGCAGGAGAGGGGUGGGAAGGGUGAGGGGCUGCGGGGGGGCCAUGGUGGGGCUGGCCAUGGGGCCACCCCGCCCCAACAGGGCGGGACGAGCCACCAGCCCAGCUCCAAGGCAUGUAAAAGCCGGGCAGCAGGGACGGGGAGCACACGGAGCUACCGGCCAGGGCUCCACUGUGGACACGGUUGCACCAGGUGCCGGGAUCGCCGAACACACGAGCAAAACGUCGUCUGAAAUGGCAUCCGAGGGGGAUAAACUUAUGGGAGGAAGGUUUGUCGGAAGCACGGAUCCCAUCAUGCAGAUGCUCAGCACUUCCAUGUCCACUGAACAGAGGCUGUCUGAAGUUGAUAUCCAGGCAAGCAUAGCUUAUGCCAAAGCCCUGGAGAAGGCUGGGAUCCUAACUAAAACUGAGCUGGAGAAGAUUCUGAGUGGCCUGGAAAAGGUAUUUCUUUCCUUCAUAAACUGUCACAUCCCCCAGUUCAGCAGCGACGUCUCCCAGGUCUUCAACUUUGUCAACAGCGUGGAGCAGUACACUGCCAUGGGCGGUACCGCCAAGAGCAGCGUGACUACCCAGAUCGAGCAGCUGAGGGAGCUGAUGAAGAAGCAGAAGGAACAAGCUUAA